GUACGGGAUUGUGGCAACAAAUUAUUUGAACACAGUUUGAAGAAAAAUAAAUAUUUUGGCGUCGUCUUAUGGUGAAAUUUGUGUCAAAACGAUAUUUCCCUGAGUUUUUUUUUUCGUAUAUUCUUAGCUCCUCGAAUUAUCAGCAGCCUUACAAUCAAAUGGCUGUCAAAAGCUAAUAGUUAAUUUUACGGCAAACUUUCUGCUAACUACUUCUCCCAUUUACCGCCGAUUGGUUCCAUCUCAAAACGGUGAGUACUUAAACACAAACCGUUGAGCAUUCGGAGAUUUUUUUCCUGUACAAUGUCGUCCCUCACGUUUUUGUUGCCAGUUCUGGUAUCAAUGAUGAUCGGUGCAAUAGGAGGUACCGAUUACUGUGCCCUACAAGCAACUCUCUGUGAAUGGAACGUAAAGCAGGAACACAUAGGAUGUAAUCCGGAAACUUCAUUCGGACCAGCAUGUGGUUCCGACAGAGAGUUUUUCGAACUGGAUCCCUCGAUGCAACAGGCAAUCGUGUCCAAACACAACCAGCUGCGGUCUCAGAUUGCAACGGGAUCUCUGCCGGGAUUUCCUCCGGCAGUCCGCAUGGGAACCAUGGUUUGGGAUGAUGAGUUGGCACUGUUGGCGUCAUAUUUGGCAAGGACCUGCAUUUUUAAGCACGACGAUUGCCGAAAUACGGAACGAUUCGAUGCGGCCGGACAAAAUUUGCGAAUUGCUUCUCAAUCUGUAGGAAAUACCUCCGAAAUAGUGGGAAUGAUGGAAGACGGCAUCCAAAGUUGGUUUGAUGAGUACAAAAUUACUCCGAUCCAGUACAUCAACAGCUAUCCGGAAAACUACAACGGGCCUCAUAUAGGACACUUUACUCAGAUCGUGGCUGAUCGCGCCAAUCGAGUGGGAUGUGCCAUAGUGCGUUUCUUUGAAGCACCAUGGCACAACUUUCUUUUUGUGUGUGACUAUUCUGUUUCGAAUAUUCUAUCAGAACCGAUUUAUCGAUCGGGUCCAAUGGCAAGUGAAUGUACAACCGGAGAAAAUCCCAACUAUCCGGGGCUGUGUAAUGAGGGCGAGGAAAUCAAACCAACAUUUUACUACAACUACAGAAAGUGAAAAUCUGUGCAAAUAUUAAGUGAUCAACCAAGCAGAUUUAACGUUUUAUAGAUAACUUAAAUAAACAUUGAUGUUGAGUAAUUAUCCUAUUUUUUUAUAAAGUUGUAUACACCCCAUAUAUUUUAUUACCUCAAGAAAAAAAUUUCUAACAUGGUUUCCGAAUUACCUUCACAUUUCAAAAUAUUAUACCAAAUAACAAUAUUACAAGCUUGAAAAUACCAAAAAAAAACAGUAUUCUUGUUAUGUAACAUUGAUUCCAUACUAAACGUGCCCUACUAAAUAAAAACACUAACAUCAUAUCAAGAAAAAGUAACCCAUAUCAAAUUAACGUGUCCGCAGACGCUUUUAACGGAGGAACCAUACAAGCCAUUGCAUUCUUGGUGACACAGUUUUUCAAUCCCUUUUAUGGUCUUAAUGACAUCAAACUUUUUCCAGAUCGUGUUCCACUCUUAGAUGAAUGGUGAAGGAACUUUUUGUUACGUGUUACUUUUGCAAGUGUCUAAUUAAAGCUAUAUUGUAAACAAUGAAUUAAAAAAAAAG